AUGGCUCUGAUGCUGAGGCGUCCAAUCACCUCUGGCAGCCGUCAGGCACCAGAUCCGUACGACCAAUUCUUGGAGAGCCGAUGCAUGUAUCGUAAGCACACGGCCAGGGAUGCAUCUUGCCUGUUCCGUGUCAUUGCUGAGCAGAUGUAUGACACCCAAAUGCUACACUACGAGGUGCGCUUGGAGUGCGUUCGCUUCAUGACGCGCAAGCGUCGCAUUUUCGAACAGCAUGUGCGUGGCGAUUUCGAUAGCUAUAUGCUGGAGAUGGCUAAGCCUAAGACUUACGGCACCAUGCUGGAGCUACGUGCUCUGUGCUGCAUGUAUCGCCGUAACGUCAUCUUGUAUGAGCCAUUCAAUUUGGGCACUGCAGUCACCUAUAAUGAUCGUUACGUGGAUAACUUUCGUGUGUUCUACACAAAUGAAUUCCAUUUUGAUUCCGUCUACAAAUUGGACUAUAUUGAAACGGCUGCGAUUAGUCAGACAAUCAGCUUUAAGCUUCUUUACAAGAUGCUCUUUAAGUUGCCCGACGUGAAUUUCGCUGUUGAGUCAAUGCUGCAUCCGCAAACAUUUGAAUGGGGCAGCUAUGAGGUGGAGAUUGAUCAUAGGGGCUAUUUUGUGCGCAUUAUUUGCAAUGACGGACGCUUAUUCACGCUCGAUUUGCCUGAGCAUACCAAGUGCAUACUGGAGAACUAUAAGUUGUGCAAUUUCCACAACAAUCCUAAGCAUUUGAGGAGGAACGCGCUGGAGUGCAGUUCUAGACGCGAGCUGCAGAUGAACAUGGAUUUGCCAAUCAGCAGUGUGAUGGCCAACCAGAGUUCCGAGAUACUGCACAUGUGUCCCAAUCCAAUGAACUCCUGUGUGCGUCAGCUGCUCGAUGAUGGGAUCACACCGUUCCCGUAUAAGGUGGCCAAGUCCUUGGACCCUUAUAUGUAUCGAAACAUCGAGUUCGAUAGCUGGAACGAUCUGCGCAAGGAGGCCAAGCGCUUCAAUGUGUAUGCCAAUGAUUAUAACUUCAAGGUGGGCGCCAAAUGCCGCGUGGAAAUAAUAACCGACACCGAAAGACAACUGUACACAUGCCAUAUUCAGAAGAUUUCAGCUGAUAAGUCAUGUUCGGUAGUCUAUAUCGAACACUUCGGGAAGAAAUUUUUGGUGCCCUAUGAGUCGUUGCAUCCAGUGCCACCUGACGAGUUCCGGCCAUGGGCUGUGCCCUAUCGCUAUCAACGCCAAAUGCAGCGCAUGCAGCUGGCCAAGCUGGCCCAGAAGACCAAGCCCAGAUGGAAGAAGACCAAGCUGUACGAUGUGACCAAUUACUAUGAGACCAGCAGCGUGCAGUAUAUGCAGCUGGAUUCCUGGCACGGCUGUCCGCCCAUGUUGAACGAGCCUGAAGCUUUGCAGCAGCAACAACAACCGCAGCAGCUACCACAGCAGCUGCAGCAGCAAUCGCAGCAACAGGUCGAGAUCAAUGAGACCACCGAGUUGGAGCAGCCGCAGCAUUCGCGUGAGCAGCGUUUCCCGCCACGCGAGAACACCUCGCGUCCUCCGAAGCCGCAUCAGAAGCCACAGGCGGCCACUGCUGCCCCCGUAAUGGGAGCCACCGCGGUGCCACCACCAAUGGCACCGCAGCAGGUCAAUGUGCCGACGGCACAGAUCGUUAAUUAUGUGCCCAUUUCUGGGCGCGCGGCUCCAUUGCCACAGCCGUGGCGCGGCGCUGCACAGCCCAUGGCAGAGGAGUUUCCGACUACCAUCUUUCCCGGAGCUCCGAUGACUCCGGACGCUUGCAUGUUUAUGCAUUUUGGUGGCUAUGCUCCACCGCCAAUUUCGCUGCAGGCAUCGCCACCGUCGUUUGGAGGUGCGCCAUUAUUGUUCGCUCCGGCACCACCGCCGCUGGUGUCGCCGGUGACUUCGGUGAUGGUGCCAUCGGUGGGGGCCACCGUCACCAGCAGCAGCAGCAGCAGCACCAACAGCGCCAACAUGGCAAACACCACCGCAACAACCAGUAGCCAGUACGCCAUGCGCACCAGCAGCGGUGAGGAUCACUUGGAGCCGAGGCGCUCGCUGCAUGCCAAUGGAGAGGAUUUGCCGGCUGAUCUGAGCACUUUGCGCUACUUCUACAACAUGGGCGUCGAUGUGCAUAUGCGCUGGUCAAACAUGAUGCCGCCCGAUGAGCAGAGGCAGAUGUUGAGCAACACGAAUGCCAAUCAGAACCACAACAACACGGACCAACAAGGACAUGAUCAUAACGACGAGGCAGUUGCUCUGGUGUCGAACACUACACCGCCGCCAUCGCCGGUUGCAGCAGCUGCUGUCAAUCCGUCGAGGGCCUACGGCUCGGGCACAGAGACAAGCGUAGAGAAGGGUCGCGGUCGCAAUAAACGUGGCGGGUUUAACAGGAUGCGCGGCAAGCGUCCGGAGCAACUGCCCGAUGUGGCCAAGGAUGCGAAUCUGUCGCAUACCAUGCUAUUGCCGACACCCACCCCGUCGCCCAACACCAACGGGAAUCAGUUCAACUUUUAUCCCACUGUGAUGCCGCCGGUACCACCCCUUCCGACAUUGCCGCCGCCGCAGAUGCCGUCACCAAUUUUCUUUGCACCCCAGAAGGUGGGACAGCCUCCAUAUGCCUGGAACAUGGGUCCGCCACCGUUUGUAAUGCCAUUCGAGCGUCCCAAGAACGGUGCCAUCGAGCAACAGCCAACUCCACCAGGUGUCUACAAACCACCACGUCACUAGGGCAUCCACUCCAUAUUACUACUAUAUAUCCCUAUCUACAUAUGCUAUAUACAUACAGCAUAUGCUCAAAAUUUAUUUAAAACAAUCAGCUAAACUUAACAUUUGCACAAAAGCAACGACUUUUCGAAUCGCAUCAAAAACAAACAACGAACUCUAUACCGUUUUAA